CCCGGCUGGGGUAGGGGCGUCCCGCUACAGGUCGGGUGGAGGGGCGCAUUCACGUUCCAAUCCUGGAAGCUGGGACAACACGAUGGGACAGAUCCGGAACAGAGGCAUGGACGUCAAGUCAUUCCUAGAGGGAAAGAUGGUCGUACUGUCCCUCGCGAUCGGAUUGGUCGAACAAGAUGACUUCGCCAACCUUCCAGAUCUACAGGAGGCACCAGCUGACAAGGAAACACCUCCCGCCGACAAAAGAUCUAAUAAACCCAGCAGCAGCCCUAAAGGUCAGACCCCAGACGAGAGCAGCCGCCGAACAGACGCUAACUCCUCCGUCUCAGACCUGGCCAACUCCGUCACCAGUGAUAUGCUGAUGUUGUCCCCAGGCUCUGAGGAAGAGGAACAUGAAGGACCAGUAUGCGAGAAGCUGGGACGCAUCCAGUUCAGCGUGGGAUACAGUUUUCAGGACUCCACACUGACAGUGAAAAUCCUGAAGGGUCAGGAUCUACCUGCGAAAGACUUCUCCGGCACUUCAGAUCCAUUCGUCAAACUCUACCUUCUGCCAGACAAGAAGCACAAACUUGAGACCAAGGUCAAAAGAAAGAACCUCAACCCUCACUGGAACGAGACAUUCCUGUUUGAAGGGUUCCCGUUUGAGAAGGUGGUGCAGCGCACACUGUACCUGCAAGUGCUAGAUUAUGACCGUUUUAGCAGGAAUGACCCUAUAGGAGAGGUGUCCAUCCCCCUGAACAAGAUCGAUCUGGCCCACAUGCAGACCUUCUGGAAGGAGCUGAAACCCUGCAGUGACGGCAGUGGGAGUCGAGGAGACCUGCUCGUGACUCUGUGUUACAAUCCCACUGCCAACACCAUUACUGUGAGCAUCAUCAAGGCACGCAAUCUCAAAGCCAUGGACAUCGGGGGAACGUCCGACCCCUACGUCAAAGUGUGGCUGAUGAACAAAGAUAAACGAGUGGAGAAGAAGAAGACGGUGGUGAUGAAGAGGUGUUUGAACCCUGUCUUUAAUGAGUCCUUCCCCUUUGAUGUCCCCACUCACGUCCUCAGAGAGACCACCAUCAUCAUCACAGUCAUGGAUAAGGAUAGACUGAGCCGCAAUGAUGUCAUAGGCAAGAUCUAUCUCUCAUGGAAGAGUGGCCCAGCAGAGGUGAAGCACUGGAAAGACAUGAUGAGUCACCCUCGAACUGCCGUUGCCCAAUGGCACGCUCUCAAAGCUUGAAGGACCCGCCCACCAAAAUUUGUUUAUGGAGACCCUUCCUUUAUUCACAGCUUUUAUUUUUUCCCACCAAAAAGAG